GGUGUUUUUACUUUUUUUUGGUGUAAUGUGUGUAAGGUCUCGGAGCUCCUCUUGUUUGGGUGGUUUUUGGUUUCGUUUUUGCGAUAUGGGUUUGGUGAUGCUCCGAUUGUUGGGGUUUGGGUUCAGAUUCCCCUCUAUGUUGCGGCGCUAGUAUAGUAUGUUCGUGCGAACACCUCGAUUUCUCGCUCCGGAACAUCUAAGUUUUGGGGCCUGAUCGUCUCGCGUAAUCAGUCACGGGUUCAUUGUGCUUCCCGUUGCCUGCUCCUACGUCACCUAUGCUGUGCAAAGGUCUCUCCUUCAAUCGCCACCCAGAAUAAAAGAAACAAAGGCUGGCGUGUCUUUCAGGUGAAUUCCAUGAUGGAUUUUAAGAUAAUACUUAUCAGCAAAUAAAUUAUUGCGAGGCCAGACAUUAGAUUAAGCAAUGCUAGUAGACAUUGUUGAUCUUUCCAGUGAUGAUGACGAGGUGGCUGUUACAGAAGAACACAGUGUUGAUGGAAAAGGUGUUUAUGCGAAGGCAAAUUUUUUUGACUUAACUAUUGACGAUGGCAUUCUUGAAGGAGAGCAUAUUGCUUACGAACAAGAACAAGGAGAUUCUGCUCAGGGCACAUCAUUUUAUAAACAAGAGUUCAUUGCAGAUGAUGGACAAGCUGAAGCUGCCCAGUGCAUAGUAACAUUAGAGUUGCAAAAUCUUGGAGCAGAUGGUGGAUGCUAUGCUUCUCAAUGCACAGAGACAUUGUUGGUGCAACAACUUAGAAGAAAUGAUGGACAAAAUGAUGCUGCCCACUCCACAGGAACACUACCGAUACAAGAACUUAGAACAGAUGGUGGACAACACGAUGCGGCCCAGUGCACAACAAGUCUACAUAUGCAAGAGCUUAGAGCAACUGAUGUACAAGGUGAUGCUGCCUGUUUCACACCAACAUUACAGAGGCAAGAACAUACAGCAGGGAAUGAACAAGGUGACACUGUCCAGUACACAACAACACAACAGGGUCAGGAAUCUAUUGCAGAUGACACACGAGGUGAUUUUACUCACUGCACAACAGCACUGCAAUGGCAAGGAUCUCAUAAAGCUCAGUGCACAACAACAUUACUAAGGCAGGAGUUUCUAGCAGCAGGUGAUAGAAUGCAAGAUGCUGCACUGUUGAGAAAUUCAGCUGAAGCUACCACAUCCUUGACAAGUACACAACAAGGGAGACACAUGAGAACUGAAUUAUUCAAUGUGUCAACUGCAACACCAUUUCCCCGGCAAUUUUGGAAAGCUGGAGAGAAAGCUGGAGACUAUGGAUUAGCUUCUCAAGCUGAUCUCAACAAUGACCACAACCGCUUACAGAUUCACCCCAAGUUUCUUCAUUCUAAUGCUACUUCACAUAAAUGGCCAUUCGGUGCUAUUGCAGAACUGCUCGACAACGCUAUUGAUGAGGUGAGCAGUGGGGCAACCUUUGUGAAAAUUGAUAAGAUGAAGCAUUCUCCUAAGGGGGAUUAUUCAUUGGUAAUAGAAGAUAAUGGCGGCGGCAUGAGUCCAAAAUCUCUACGACAAUGUAUGAGCUUUGGAUUUUCCCAGAAAAGCACAACUUCAUCCAUCGGGCAAUAUGGAAAUGGCUUCAAAACUAGCACGAUGAGGCUUGGGGCAGAUGCUAUUGUAUUCACAUGCACUAAAGAUGAUAGGAGAUUGACACGAAGUAUCGGGUUGCUGUCUUACACAUUCCUUAUGAGAAGUAACUGCAAUGACAUAUUUGUACCAGUGGUUGAUUAUGAAUUGGAUGCCUUGUCUUCAACUUUCAAGAGGAAAAUGAACUGCGGUGAAAAACAUUUUUUAUCUAAUCUUUUCACUAUUUUGAAGUGGUCUCCAUUUUCGACAGAAGAUGAAUUAUUGAAUCAAUUCAGCAAUAUGGAGUGCCAUGGCACAAAAAUCAUUGUAUUCAACUUGUGGUUGAAUGAUGCAUUGGAAAUGGAGCUUGACUUUAUAACUGAUAAAGAGGAUAUUUUGGUCUCAGGAGCACCGGAAAUACGAGCAGGGCGGAAUACAGUGGAAAGCUUGACACAGAUGCAUGUAGCAAACCGUUUCCGAUAUUCGCUUCGGGUGUAUGCAUCUAUACUAUACCUACAUGUACCUGAAAACUUUCAAAUCAUCUUGUGUGGACGAGCUGUUGAACCACAUUAUGUUGUCAAUGAUCUCAUAUACCGUGAAUGUAUCAUAUAUCGACCACAUGUUCAAGUAACCACAGAGGUUGAUGUCAUUACUACAAUUGGCUACUUAAAAGGUGCUCCACGACUUGAUAUCUAUGGAUUUAGUGUCUACCAUAAGAACCGUCUUAUACUGCCCUAUUGGCCUGCAGGUUCAUGUAGUGGACGUAGAAGAGGCAUUGCUGGGGUUUUGGAGGCAAACUUCAUAAGACCUACACAUGAUAAGCAAGAUUUUGAGAGGACGGGUCUUUUCCAAAGACUUGAGACACGAUUGAAAGACAUGGCAAAAGAGUAUUGGACUUACCAUUGUCAUAUGGUUGGUUACACUCGGGUCAUGAAAAAGCCUCCUCCAGCACAUUAUGUAUCAACUAUUGCUGAGAAGGGUGAUGAUAACUUAGCAGCUCAGUCUACCACAAAGACUUAUGGUUACAAUUCAAGAGCCAGGGUACCGGUAGCAUUGCAGCCUUGUUCCAAUGCAUAUAACACACAAGAUCCUAUGCAUGCUGAUGUUGGUGUCGUGAUGGAUCAAAUGAACUAUGGUGCAUGCCCUUCAAUGACUAUAAAUGUGGGGACAACAUUACAUUCACUAAGAUAUGCACCACAACAAUCUCAAUCUGAACUAUGCAAACGAAGAAAGUCUUCGGAGAUUCACUGGAGAUCUCAAAAAAAGCAGAACACCAAUAUUUAUUCGGAUAAACCUGAAAGCGAUAGUGGAACAGAGAUGGCAGAGUUCAGAGUUGUACUUGACUCGUCCACCAUGCUAAAGGCUGAGUGCUCUGAACUUGAGGCAGCAGGAAAGCAGCUGGCCUCUAAGGCAGAUAAAUUGAGGAUAGAACUCGAUGUGUGGCAGCGGAUGUACCAGGGCCUAAGUGACAAAUUGCGAUCCUACGAUGGGCUUCAAAGGUUGCGUUGCAGUCGCCAUUGCAGCAGCUCCAGUAUUGGGUUCAUAUGAGCUAAGAGAAGCAAUUCCAGCGUUGGAUUCACAAUCAAGUUAGAAAUGGCAUUAGUCCCUCAAAGUCUAUCUUUUCGUGACUGUAGAUCUGGCAGUAUAUUAUUUGUUAGACCUAGUAAGGGUUUUUGGGGCUAGUCCCCUUGUAAUUAACUGCAUACCCUGUGUAAGGCAGACCCAUCUAUACUUAGUCUAUUAAUACAACUCCUAACCCUAGUUAGGGCUAGUUUUUCCA